AUGGGUUUGGUAACAGAUGAAAUCAGAGCUAGGGCAGAGAAGUACACAGGAGAUGAGAUAUGCCGCGAGAAGACCAAAGUGUUCCUCAGCGAAGUCUCUAUGCCUAAUGGUUUACUGCCGUUGAAGGACAUUGAAGAGGUCGGUUACGACAGAGAAUCAGGCGUUGUGUGGCUGAAACAGAAGAAGAGCAUCACUCACAAGUUCGAAGCCAUUGGGAAACUUGUCUCUUACGGCACUGAGGUCACCGCGGUGGUUGAAGUCGGAAAGAUCAAGAAACUCACCGGCGUCAAGGCCAAGGAGCUUCUUAUUUGGGUCACUCUCAAUGAGCUUGCCUUGGAACAGCCAAUAAGCUCAAACAAGAUCAAUUUCAGGACACCCACCGGUCUCUCCAGGACUUUCCCUGUUUCUGCUUUUGUUGUUCCUGAGAUUGAGAAGCCUGCAACAGAGAAGACCAAUGGAACCACUGAAGUUCAAGUCACAAAUGCUUAA